AUGACACCAAUAAGGCAUUUGCCAGUCAUAUUUGUGAACGGAGUUCCUGGCGCCGGCAACCACACGGUAGCACAGACCAUAUCAAAUAUCACCGGGUACUCGAUGAUCAGGCCCGGUGAACUAGUGGCUGCAGAGGCACAGAAGGACACCGCGAGAGGAAGACUUAUUGCCGAUAAACUACAGGCGAGGGAAGAAAUAUCGGAGCAACUUACAGUGGAUUUAAUAAAAGAAGCGAUGCUCAUGCAGAAGGAUGCCACGGGUUUUAUUCUGGUUGGAUUCCCAAAGAACCCUAGGAUGUCCAACAUAUUCAACAGACAGGUCAAGUGGCCAGAGAAAAUCGUUGCUCUAGAAGUAGAUAAUGAGUUGGCAGCUUCACGACUACAAACUAAACUAUCGGAGCUAGGAAGACCAGAGUCUGAAAUAAAUGCAGCACACCAAAUCGUCAAAGAGGCGGCGCACAAAGUCAAGAAUGUGCACAAACGGUUCGGUGGCCACGUGGUUACGGUGGAUAGUACAGGAAACCCUAAAGCUCUAGCGACGACGCUCAAGGAGAUCCUAUCAGAUACCAUACAGAAGAGUCAGAAGAAAUCCACAUCCCCCGAACCACCUGUAGCAAUAUCCGCUCCUGCGGUCACGAAUGCUCCCAUCUCUGCUCAAGCUGCCAUUUCUACGCCUGCCCCUGCACCAGUAUCCGUUCUCACUCCCACACCUGUGCCUGACGACGUUGCAAUAACAGCCGGCGGAGAAGACAAGUGA